AAAACGGCGUUAACAAAAGGAAACAUAGAAAUGCAAAUGGUGGCGGUAAUGCGCCAAUUACGCUGGAUGCCAACCGCCAUUAAACAUUAAGAAGAAGUAGAAGAAGAAGAAGUGUCGUCGAUCCGUCUGUAGUGGGUUGUGGAAGUGCGGGUGCUGAAAAUGCGGUGUCGACAUGUGUGAGCGAGACAUGGUGCCAGAACAUGGGAAGCAGCAGAAACGCUCGCCGCAGCCGUGUAAUAGCGAGGGCGACGCGGACGGAUCGUAUGUGUUUGAGGCUAAAGAGGCCUGGAAGGAUUUCCACAACUCCCUCAGACAGUUUUACGACAACGGAGAGCUGUGUGACGUCACUCUGAAGGUCGGAAACCGACUGAUACCAUGUCACAAACUGGUUCUGGCCUGCGUGGUGCCGUACUUUCGUGCCAUGUUCCUCUCAGAUAUGGCCGAGGCCAAACAGGACUUGAUUGAGAUUCGAGAUUUCGACGCCGAUGCCAUCCAGGACCUGGUGUGUUUCGCGUACUCCUCGCAGCUGACGCUGACGGUGGAUAACGUUCAGCCGCUGCUGUACGCGGCGUGUAUCCUGCAGGUGGAGCUGAUCGCUCGGGCCUGCUGUGAAUACAUGAAAGCUCACUUCCACCCCUCCAACUGUCUGGCCGUCCGCACCUUCGCAGAGAGUCACAACAGGGUGGACCUGAUGGACAUGGCUGACCGCUACGCCUGCAAGCAUUUCAGAGAAGUGGUGGAGUGUGAGGACUUCAUCUGCGUCUCGCCGCAGCACCUCAAGACGCUGCUGGCCUCCGGUGACCUGAACAUUCAGUCUGAGACUCAAGUGUACAACGCCGCCGUCAAAUGGCUCAAAGCCAACCUGAAGCACCAUGACGUCUGGCUGGAUCAGAUCAUGUCUCAGGUUAGCUGCUCAGGGCUGGAAUGGAAAAUUCAUCAUUUUACAGGGAAAGUUUAUGCUGUUGGAGGCCAUGAUGGCAACGAGCACCUUGGGAACAUGGAGAUGUUUGAUCCACACACCAACAAGUGGAUGAUGAAAGCCUCCAUGAGCACAAAACGGAGGGGGAUUGCGCUGGCUGCUCUCGGCGGACCCAUCUACGCUAUCGGUGGUCUGGAUGAUAACUCCUGCUUCAGUGAUGUGGAGCGCUAUGACAUCGAGUCGGACCGCUGGAGCGCCGUGGCUCCUAUGAACACACCCAGAGGAGGCGUGGGAUCUGUGGCGCUCGGGGGCUAUGUGUACGCGGUCGGGGGGAAUGACGGCAUUGCGUCGCUAUCCAGCGUGGAGCGCUUCGACCCUCAUCUGAACAAAUGGACAGAUGUGCGAGAGAUGGGGCAGCGGCGCGCUGGAAACGGUGUCAGCGAACUCAACGGAUGCCUCUACGUUGUUGGCGGGUUUGACGAUAAUUCUCCGCUGAGCUCAGUGGAGCGCACAUUUAGGUCAUGA